GACUGCGGAAACAGCGCUUCAGAAGCUCGGGAACGUGGCUGCGUGUUUGAUGUCAUGAUGACUGGUUGGGUCAAAGAAGACUGCUAUAAUAAAGCAUUAUCCGAAGAAUACUUAUUGGAGGGAGCCUUUCGAUUCUUUUCAGAUCCAGAAGCCACGAACGAAAUUCCAUUGGACGUUAUACGCUUUGGAGAGCACACACACAUGUAUACCAACGACCUUCACCACAGAGCUCACUGCGUGUAUGUCUGGAAGUUGCAAGCUCUCGCCCUCGAGUCGCAAGCCCAAGGCAAAGUAAAACUGAUCGACAGUGAGUCGUACACUUACGAUCACACGGUACACUGC